ACACAUAAUUUUCGGGUGGCAUGGGAAUAGUCUGUUUGCCAGAAUAAUAUCGUGUUAAGCAGAGCUAUGUGUUAAAAGCUAAUAGAUCAUUGAAGAUGCUACACAUUGAAUCUUGUGGUUCAGACUUUGAAUGAUACAUUUUAGUUUAGUUUUUUGUUUAAUUGGGCUACAGUUGUGACCCUCUCGUUUAUGCGAACCUACAACAGCAUUAAAGCAGUACGCACACAUCCGAACAAGUAUAUUCAUGCUGCUAUAAUAAGACAACAUCGUGUAACGACAGGGCGCCCUUAUCACGACGCUAAGCAAUAUGUUGUGUGAGUAUUGCAAGUGGACCGGUUUGUUUUAGCACAAGACGGAGCCAGACGAGACGUAUAUAAAUCGCGCUCGCGAGAGCAAGUGGCAUCAUAAACAUUUCACUGCUUGAACCAAGCGACCGUACAGCACUCGACCAGAUCAUCUGCUCUGGCUCAUCUUCUUUCCUAACAUAUUCAACAUGGUAGCUACGGAACACGCAACCGGUCCAGCAGAGCGGCUGGAGCACAUUCCGCAGCAACCCUUGCACCAGGUAGACACGCCUUUUGAGAAGGCUACCUUCGGCAUGGGUUGCUUUUGGGGAUGUGACUCGCUCUUCGGAGCCACUAAAGGUGUUCUGCGUACACGAGUCGGUUAUGCGGGGGGCACUGCCGAGUGUCCUACCUACAAGAAAAUGGGUGAUCACACGGAAGUCAUCGAGAUUGAUUUUGAUCCGGCGAAGAUCAGCUACAUUGAUCUGCUGGAUUUGUUUUGGAACAAUCACGAGUACGGUUUGACAACUCGCAUGAAGCGCCAGUACAUGUCGCUCAUACUUUAUCACAGCGAGGAGCAACGCCAGAUCGCCGCUGCAAGCCGGGAGCAGGAACAGAUUAAGCGAUCACCGGAGCAGAUCAUCACCGAAAUUGCCCCAGCAGGCCCCUUCUAUCCUGCCGAAAAUUACCACCAAAAGUAUCGCCUUCAGGGUCAUAGCGAUCUGGCGAAGGGCAUCGGAUUGACGCCGGAAUUGCUGCACACCUCACAUGUAGCUGCUCGUCUGAACGGAUAUCUCAUUGGUGUGUCCGGAUUAAAGCAGUUCGAAGAGGAGGCCGAUCUACUGGGAUUGAGCAAGGAUCAGGUGCAGUACGUUCGGCAAUACGUCAUAGAGAACGAAGGUGGUGGCAUUUUCUGCUGAAGCAUUUCGGGCUAGCUGGGGUGAAACAAUGUAUAGUAUUCAUUCUCGGCAAGAGGGAAAGAUCGUCCUGAUUUCUCGCCUGAUGGGUGAUCGCUGAUAACGGUUUCAUAAAGCGUUGUCUUUCUUACGUUUAAAAAUUGGAUCGUGAAGAGAUUAGAUGAAUCGAUGCGAGGCGACUUGAUACGUGAUGUUAGUUUUAGUUGUGCUGAUAAUAAGAAAACGUGUUGGUGGCUGCUGCGUACUGGCGCAGCCCGUAGUAAUAAGAUAAUAAGUGCUUAAGAUGUCAAACGUGUUUAGAUAAUAGAUGAUUCAAUAAAAUGCUGAAAUGGUAUGCUUCUCAAUCAAAUCUCACUCAGUUUCAACGUUCGCAACAUUCAUCUGAUGAGAUUGGUUGACACAAGACAAACACGAUUA